UGUUCCGUGUACCGGGAUUCUCAUUCAUAUGUCAUUUGAUGACAUUUGGAGUCGAAUUCUAUCGAAAAGUUUUCUUUUGACAAUUUAAGAAUAAAGACACACGUAAGUGUACUGUAAAUUUUCAAAAUAAAGCAAACAAAAUAAUCAAAAUAAUAGAAAGCACAAAUAUUUAAAAAGAAAGGAAGUCAGAGUCAAUCUCUUAAGUUCGCACCUCUUCUGUGUGUUAAACGUGAGAGAUAGUACCAUAAAAAUCGACUUGUAAAUGCAAACAACAUGUCUCUGCAUAUGAGCACUAAAGAGCGGCUUUUGGCGUUGAUAGAUGAUAUUGAAAUAAUAUCAAAGGAGCUAAUUGAAAAUUCGAUUGCACCGAAACCACAGAAAAUAUCCAGCGCAGAACAUCAGCAACUCGUGGAACUGAUGAUAUCGAAGGAUAACGAAUUUAAGACUGUGUUACAACUGGCAUCGGAACAGGCGAAAAUUGAAACGAAAAUGAAUACUUUAAAGGAACAAGUUGAGCUGCAGGACCGAGAGAUCAAUAAACUACAAAGGCAGUUGAAAGAGGCGGAACACUUGCUAUCGACAGCUAUAUUCCAAGCGAAACAGAAGCUUGCCAGCAUAGAAAAAGCAAACAAGAGGCCAGUUUCAUCCGAAGAACUUAUCAAAUAUGCUCAUAAAGUCAGCGCAUCAAAUGCAAUUUGUGCCCCAUUGACAUGGCAACAAGGCGAUCUUCGACGACCCUAUCCUACAGACAUCGAAAUGCGCUUAGGUUUUUUAGGAAAAUCCGAUUUAAGCCUCAACGGCCACAAUUUACAACAUCAAAUUAGCGCCAACGAGCAUCGCAACACCGGAGAUGUUCCCACUUCAGCACAGAAUCAGUUUGCUUGGCAUCCGUCAGGAGAACUGCAUAUGUCAAUGGGUGCCAGCACCGGUUCGGUUGCUUUAGAUACGAGAGCCCAUAAGGAUGAUCGCCAAGAUGAUGUGGAAGUAAUGUCGACGGACAGCUCCAGUUCCAGUUCCAGUGAUUCUCAGUGAUUUUUUGUUCAAUUCCUCAAUUUGAAUAAAGACAUCUUCGACUUUUUUUGUA